AUGGCGCUCGUGGAGAACAGCACUGAGCUGGGUGUUUUCAGACUGCUUGGGCUGACUGGCAUCCCAGAGCUCCGCGUCUCCCUCUUCCUAAUGCUUGCCCUCAUCUAUCUCAGCACUCUCCUCGGGAACCUGGGCAUGGUCACGUUGAUCCUGUUGGACUCCCGUCUGCACACUGCCAUGUAUUUUUUCCUCAGCAACCUCUCCCUGGUCGACUGCAUUUACUCCUCCACCGUGACUCCCAAGGUGAUGGCCGGGCUUCUCACGGGGGAUCAAGUCAUCUCCUAUGGCGGUUGUGCUGCUCAGAUGUUCUUCUUUCUGGCUUUCGCGCUUGUUGACUGCUUCCUACUUGCUGCCAUGGCCUAUGACCGCUGUGUCGCAGUCUGCAAGCCCUUACAGUACGCCACCAUGAUGACUGUGAGCGUGUGUGCUCACAUGGUGCUCGGCUGCUACGCCUGGGGUGUCAUAGAAUCUUCCAUCCACACCGGGCUCACCUUCUCCCUCUCCUUCUGCCGUUCUAAUGUGAUACAUCACUUUUUCUGUGACAUCCCCCCAAUGCUGGCUCUCUCCUGCUCUCCCAUCCACGUGAAUGAGGUUGUACUCUUUAUCCUUGCAGCAUUCAAUGUCUCCUUUGCCCUGGCAGUGAUCCUGACCUCCUACCUGUUCAUACUCAUUGCCAUUCUGAGGAUGCACUCGGCAGAAGGGAGGAAGAAAGCCUUCUCCACCUGCGCCUCCCACCUCACCGCGGUGACCAUGUUCUACGGGACCGUCAUCUUCAUGUACCUGCAGCCCAGCUCCAGUCACUCGAUGGACAGUGACCAAAUGGCUUCUUUGUUCUACACCACCAUAGUCCCCAUGUUGAACCCAAUUGUCUACAGUUUAAGGAAUAAAGAGGUUAACAGUGCUCUGAAGAAAGCCAUAGAGAAGUGUAAGGUGCUGCUCAGCACAUAA